AUGGUCAUCUCAACUCACAUCAUCACUGCCCUGCACACUGCCAAACCUUGUCUUGUUUUGGGCCAUACCAAUACAUUAAAAAUUACCCUAUUCUCUUUUCUUUUUUUUAUUUUCUCAUCAUGUGAUAAUAAAGUUGAUACAUACAACUUCACUUCACUUCACAUCACUCACAGUCACAAUAUUGAAACUCUCACUUUGUUUGUUUGCAUUUUUUUGUGUUAUUAGUUACAAAACACCAAACAUUUUUUUCAAUCUAGUUUCAUUCCAUUUCCAGAAACCAAUUGCAUUGCAUCUCCCAACAAAUUUGCCUACGAUCAAUAGAACAAACAAAGUUCUAGCUACAACAAGGAAAAGUUGAAAACCCUAGUAAUAAUUCACAACAGAAGAACGUAUACUAGGGACCUUAAUCUCACAACUCUCAAAGCUAAGGCAAAUCCAAUCAAUCCAUUCAUCCAUUGGAAUAUGGCAUUGGUAUCAGCUGAACCAACAAACCCUAGCAAUGGAAGUGAUUCAAGUGGUGGUAACAAAAGUAACAGGUAUGAGUGUCAAAAGGGGAGAGAUUGGAACACAUUCUGUCAGUACCUAAGGAACCAGCACCCACCACUUUCUCCAUCCAUGUGCAAUGGUUCACAUGUUCUUGAAUUCCUUCACUACCUUGAUCAAUUUGGGAAGACCAAAGUUCACAAUCCAACUUGUCCUUUUUUUGGGAUUCCAAACCCUCCAUCUCCUUGUCCUUGUCCUCUCCGCCAGGCGUGGGGUAGCCUCGAUGCCCUAAUCGGUCGUCUCCGUGCCGCUUAUGAUCAGCAAAAUAAUGGUGGAGGCAAUGGUAAUCCUUUUGGUGACAGUGCUGUUAGGUUUUACUUGCGCGAUGUUCGCGAUUUUCAGUCUAAGGCUAGGGGAGUUAGCUACCAUAAGAAGAGGAAGAGACCUAAUCGCAACAUCGCCGCCGCUCCUGAUCAACCAUCGUCAUGAUUAUGCCUUUGUUUUAAACUGUGGUCGCAACAAUUGAAUUAUUGCGCAAAGAAUCUCUAUAUAAAUGCUGCCAAUGCACGCCAAAUUGCGGUUGAAAUGUUAUUUCAAAUCUUUUAUGUUGCGGCCGCAAUUUAAAACGAUGCAAUAUUAGUACUUAAAAAAAAUAGUUUAUUAAGGCUUAUGUUUUUUUGUAUUGAAAUUAUAAUACACAUGCUCCAUGCAUGGACCUAAAUCUUUCUCAUUAAUUUGUUUUUAUUGAAAAUCAUUAUAAUUUACAUGAGAAUUAUUUUUUUGUGGUACAACCGUACAAGUCCAUUGCAUUGGAGACAUUACUGGUUGCUAGGAAUAGAGUGUGUAUUUCUUUAUCAUAUAAAUAAUCUAAUAAUUUUAUUAUGUUUUUAUUAAAA